AUGAAUCAUUCUCUGAAAGAUCGAGCCCGGCUGGUGUGCGUCCAAUGCCACGAGCGAAAGAUACGAUGCAACUUGCAGGAGAGCAAUACUAAUGUUUGCACCAAUUGCUCUCGAUUACACCUCUCUUGUGUCCGCCGUGAGGGUGUUAGGAAAAGGAAAAAAUCACCAAGAAGGCAGAAUCGGGCCGACGGUUCAAGCACCCCGUUCCUGGAUGCUUCCGACCUCGCAGUAACAGGAGCAUUGCCUUCUCCUUCAUUGACAAAUCUACAACAAGGCCUCAUGCCAUCUUCGACAACUCGCCGGAGUAUCAAUGAACAGGAGUUUGCUUACCUGGCAGAACACUCGGUGUUGAAUACAAGUGCUUCUUCUACCACAUCCAGAAAUAUCUCGGUCAAAUCGCCCUCAAAUGUCUCCGAUGGUAUUAUGAAGCUUAGAGCUGCUGUUCUCAAAGCUUCUGAGGCAGAUGUGCUCCCAAAACAACCUCUCCGUCGUGCUUUGAUUGAUUCAUUUUUCUGCAACAUUGGCCACGCUAUCCCUAUCAUCAGUCGGUCGGAAGUUUGUGAGCCGGACUCGUCCAUCCUACUCCAGCAGGUUGUUUGCCUUGCUGGAAAUUUGACGCGGCAUCCCCAUCCACAAUAUAGUCUUUUCCAAGAACAGUUGUAUCAGAAAAUCAAGUUGUUGAUCGCCAUGAAUGUGGAACCAAACAUGUUGAUUGUGUUAAAGGCGAAGACUCUAUUGACUUUGUGGAGCCCAGAUUCAUCAAAUGUUGUAAGCCUCGAUUCGCCGUGGCACGCAGGUGGGUCUGCGGUGAGACUUGCCCAACAGAUGGGUUUACAUCGCCAUUCAACGUAUUCUGGUAGAGCUGAUGCAGGUUGUCGACGUCGGAUAUGGUGGGCGCUUUAUGCAUCGGAUCGGGCUCAAUCUCUCAUGUACGGCCGACCACCAAGCCUAACUUUUGACUCCUUUGAUGUGCCCUUCUUGACUAUUGAGGACUUCGAAGAGGACAACCUAAAUGCCAGAAUCUUUAUGGCUGACACCUCGUUGUGUCACAUUGAAGGUGAAAUCGCCACUUCAAUGUCGAGGACCCCCCCGUCUGCUCUAGAUCAUCCAAGAGUCAUUUCAUUACUCUCCGAUUGGAUAGGUAGCCUUCAUAAGACUCUGAGGCUUCACGAUGACGAAGGAUCGAAGGUUGACUACCACUUUGGGCUUCAUGAGCUUUACAUCGAGUAUCUGGGGACAGUCAUUCUAGCGUCCUCACUGACUCACGAGAACAAACAGUGCCUUUACUCUGUCUCGUCUAUCAUUGCAGCUUCAAGUAUGACCGACAUAUACGAAGAAAUUCUAUGUCGCGAACACGCAUCGUUCUUGGGCUCAAUUCAUGGUUUUUGGUGCAUGGUUGCAGCCCUCCCGCUGCUUUACUGCAUUCCUGAAUCCGACGCAGUCGAGUCUCGCCGCAAAGAGAGUCUUGAUGUGCUCCGUUCGAUUCUUGACGUACUGCGCAGUAAGUUCGGAGUUGCGGAGACGGUUGCUCAGAAGGUCUCGGCUUUGACUAGUGAACGCCAAAACUUACUGCGGGAACAUAUGCUUGAAGGCGACAACAGGUCCGAGUCUCACCCAGAUGCCAGAACGAAUCAGCAGCAGAUCUCAGAUCUAGAAGCGCUCUUCAUCAAUGUACGAAACUGGUAUCCCCAUAUUGACCAGCUUCUUUCUGACUGUGGUAUAAUCCGAAUCGCCAACCCAGAAUGUGAAGGCUUCGAGACUGGAGGAAUUUAUUCGCUGUAUGAUGCAUUGGGCUCCUCUGCUUUCACUGACACCCUGUUUGAUGACAUUUAUCUGGACGACAACUACGGCACAAACUUUUUCUGA